AUGGCUACCAGAAAAGUGUUAAUUGGUGGGGGCACAGGCUUUAUUGGAAGUCAUUUAGGGGAGCUGCUUGGAACCAAAGGCUACAAUGUAGUAAAUAUAGCUCGUAUGCCUGGUGCUAAUAAUAUUUCAUGGACCACUUUGGAGAAUUCAGGCUUACCCAUGAGGUCAUGUGCUGUGGUCAAUUGUGCUGGACAACAGUUUAUGGACUUUACAAAAUCUUGGACACCUGGAUUUAAGCAAAAUGUACAAAACUCGAGAGUUUAUACAACAAAAGCACUUGCAACUGCAAUUAACAAAUGUUUAGAUAAACCAAAGGUGUUUGUCGUUCUAACUGGUGUUGGGGCUUAUGAACCUUCAGAGUGCAAUAAAUACGAUGAGAGCAGUCCCACCACAGGAAUUGAUUUCUUCUCUCGACUGACGAUAGAAUGGGAAAAAGCUGCCAAAGUAGAUCCACCUGUAAGGCUUGUUAUAAUUCGUUCUGGUGCAGUACUGGGUCGUUGGGGAGGUAUGAUCAAGAAUAUGUUUCUUCCGUUCUACUUAGGCCUUGGCGGCCGCAUUGGCAGUGGCAAGCAAUACCUACCAUGGAUCCACAUAGAGGACCUCAUCCGGCUAAUUAUUUUUGCUAUUGAGAAUGAUAAUGUCAAUGGUAUUCUGAACGGCGUAUCCCCGCAAGUUAUUACCAACAAUGACUUCACACAAUCAUUUGCUAAAGCUUUGAAAAGACCUGCUUUUUUGCCAGUACCUGAGCCGAUUUUAAAUAUGUUACUAAAUCAUGAGAGGGCCAUGAUAAUGACUAAAGGACAGUACGUCAUACCAAAGAGGGUACAAGAAUUUGGCUUUCGUUACAAAUACGAUAACAUAGAUGAUGCCUGCAAAGAGUUUGCACACCUCUGUCCGAAGAAACAUCCUCUUAAAUAA